AUGGGUGUCUUCUUCUGGGGCUAUCUUUUCACUCAAUUUCUGAGUGGCUAUCUUUCUGAUAUGCUAGGUGGCGAGCGUGUCAUCCUCAUUUCUUCGUGUCUUUGGUCCUUUACUACAGUGUUGUUCAUCGGCCUACCCAGUAUUUCAUUCGACCGGUCGGUCGUGUUUACACUCUUUUUAUUCUUCCGCUUUCUUCAUGGCGCUUUUCAAGGAAGAUUUGUGCCUCUUUUUGUAUUUACCUGA